AUGGCGGCCCAGCCCGAGCCCAGCAAGGUGGGGCGCCACCUGCUGCGCCACGAGCUCACCGACCACGUCCGGGCCGCCGCCGCCGCGGAGCUGGGCUGCGACGCAACGGCGGCGGGCCACGCCCUGUGGCAGCUCAGGAAGCAGGCGCUGCGGGAUACGUUUGAGCGGGUGUACGGCGUGCCGACAGCCAGCGGCAACAACGACUGGCUGAGGGGCAAGCUGCUGCAAGGUGGGGCCUGGCGCUUGAUGGGGAGAGGGACUGUGGCGGUGUGA